AGCGGCUUCUCUGAGAUCCCUCUGCAAGAACUUCACUGAGCUUUUGACCUUGUGGAAAAAGACCUUGGAAGCCAGAGAGGGUAGAGGAAUCACAUCCCAAUAUGAAGACUGUCAUUCUCCUUGUGUUUCUUUGGGGGCUGUCCUGUGCUCUCCCAGUUGCCAGAUACCAAAAUACUGAAUCUGAAAGCUCUGAAGAGAGGACGGGCGAUUUGGCUGGGUCACCACCACCACCACCACCCAUGAACAGUGAGUCAUCAGAAGAAAGUGAAGCCAGCCCGGAGGGACAGGCAAAUAGUGACCACACGGACAGCAGUGAGUCUCAAGAGGAGCUGGGCUACGACAGAGGCCAGUAUAGACCGGCUAGUGGACUCUCUAAGAGUACGGGGACUGGCGCUGAUAAGGAGGAUGAUGAAGAUGACAGUGGAGAUGACACCUUUGGCGAUGAGGACAAUGGUCUAGGGCCCGAAGAAGGACAGUGGGGAGGACCCUCCAGACUGGACAGUGAUGAGGACUCUGCAGACAACACACAGUCCAGUGAAGACAGCACCUCUCAAGAAAACAGUGCCCAAGAUACCCCCAGUGACAGCAAGGACCACGACAGUGAGGAUGAGGCAGCCAGCCAGCCUGAGGCAGGCGACUCCACUCAGGACAGUGAGAGUGAAGAACAGCGGGUGGGAGGUGGCAGCGAGAGGGAGAGUAGCCACGGGGAUGGCUCUGAGUUCGACGAUGAUGGGAUGCAGAGCGACGACCCCGAGAGCACCAGGAGUGAUCGAGGCCACGUCAGAAUGAGCAGCGCUGGUAUCAGGUCGGAAGAAUCUAAAGGGGACCACGAGCCCACAAGCACUCAGGAUUCAGAUGACAGCCAGUCUGUGGAAUUUUCAAGCAGGAAGUCCUUCAGAAGGUCCCGCAUCUCUGAGGAAGACUACAGAGGUGAGCUUACUGACAUCAACAGCAGGGAAACCCAGAGCGACUCCACAGAGGAUGCCGCCUCCAAGGAGGAAAGCAGGAGCGAGUCUCAGGAGGACACAGCGGAGAGCCAGUCCCAGGAAGACAGCCCAGAGGGACAAGAUCCCAGCAGUGAGUCCAGUGAAGAGGCUGGGGAGCCAUCCCAGGAAAGCAGCAGUGAGUCUCGGGAAGGGGUGACCAGCGAGUCCAGGGGUGACAACCCAGAUAACACAAGUCAGACAGGAGACCAAGGAGACAGUGAGUCCAGCGAGGAGGACAGCCUGAACACGUUCUCCAGCUCAGAAAGCCAGUCCACCGAGGAGCAAGCUGACAGCGAGUCCAAUGAGAGCCCCAGCCUCUCAGAGGAGAGCCGGGAGUCGGCCCAGGAUGGGGACAGCUCCAGCCAGGAAGGCCCCCAGUCCCAGAGCGCAUCCACUGAGAGUCAGGAGAGCCAGUCUGAGCAGGACAGCCGCUCUGAGGAAGAUGCUGACAGCGACUCUCAGGACAGUAGCCGAUCCAAAGAAGAGAGCAACUCCACAGGGAGCACUUCCAGCAGCGAGGAGGACAUCUACCCCAAAAACAUGGAAGCUGACAGUAGGAAACUAAUAGUUGAUGCUUACCACAACAAGCCUAUCGGGGACCAAGAUGACAAUGACUGUCAGGACGGCUACUAGCAUUAGCUUGUCUAAGAAAUGGCUCUCACAGGAUGGAGUGUUGGGGACUCCAGAGUAGAGAGUUCACUAUAACUAUAAUUUAUUGAUGUUUUGGUCAGAAGGAAAACCAGGGGCAGGUUUUUGUUUUGUUUUGCUUUGUUUUUGUUUGUUUGUUUGUUUGUUUGUUUUCCCCUGUGAGGAAUUGUUGGACAUGACACUCUUUUCCAGGGUGUCUCCCACUCCUUAGAGGCUUAAGUAUGCGGGAUGAUGUCAGAGCACACAUGGUGAGAGUAGAACACAGGAAUCACGUGCACAGUGUCUUCACAGAUGCUCUGGUUCACCAACCUGACAGUGACUACUAGGGUUCUGUUACACACCAGGCACAGCACUGGGUGGGGGAGGGGGGUGCUUCAGGCUC